CUCUCUCCCCCGAAACACAUGGAUAACAGAGAUCUCGCCUCCGGCUCCUGCUCAGAAAUGAGGAAGAAGCUAAAACUGGACGAUCAUGAGGAGGAGGUGGAUUAUAGUCGUCCUUCGCCAGCAGAUCCGGAGAAGGAAGCUUUUAACGCCCUAGCGAGGUUCUUCGUUCGCAGCGGGGUCAACCCUAAUUUCCGCCCCACUGUUUCUAUCCUCCAGAAAGAAGUUCUGGAGAUACACCAAGAAUGCAAAGAGAAAGCUAAGGACUUUCUCAAAAGUUUCCAAGGGAAGCUAACUCUCUCUUACGAAUGGAUUGUUCUUGGGCACGGGUGGACCAGAGAUUCCGUUAAAGGCCCCGUCUUGCACGAGGGCUUCGUCUGCAUCACUGCUCAUGAUUGGAAGGUCAGGAGAUGGAUCCUCGGGUACGCUAGCGAGGUGGACGUGGUGGCUCUGGAUGAUCAGGGGUUUGAGAUUGAGGGGAAGGUCUCUACUCUUUUACUGCCUAACGAGGAAGGUUUUGAUGAAGAGACGUUGGGUGGUUUCAAGAGAGGGUUAGAAGAGAGGGGAGAUAGCUCGAUUGUGCCGCCGGUUUUUCCUGUUUACUGCUGCGCUGAUCUUUUCAGGUUGAUGGUUCAUCAUGUGUUUAACGACUUUAGCGGGAAGCUGCUGGAGGAUUUGCGUAUGAUUGUUGGAUGGGGAAAGUGUUCGUCCGAGAACUGGAACCUGUGGGUUUCUAAUCUUCAACGAGCUGUGGAUAUGAAGAACGAGGAUGAGUUCUCGAAGGAUGAGAUUUACGAUGACUAUGACAAACCGUCUGAUGAGGAAUGGGUGAAGAUCGAGACUUUUGCCAGACUCGUUGGCUGCAUGUAUAAAGUGGCGGUGGAGCUUUUCGAAGGAGGUUAUUCGACGUCUAACGUCUACUUCUACCUUCUUGCUGAGCUGAAGGUGAUGUUGGAGAAGGAGCUUGAGGGGGCUGAUAGUGAUUACUUUCGCUGCAAUGCUAAGUGGAUGUUGAAGAGGUUCGAUAAGUACUGGGAUCAUAUGUUUCUGGUUUUGGCUACUGCUUCUGUGUUGGAUCCUCGGUUCAAGAUGAAGUAUCUUGAGUUUUACUGCUCUAAGAACAAAGUUUGUGAUGAAGCUUCGAAAGCUGAAACUGUUUUGGACUAUUUGCGCAGUCUGUAUGCUCGCUAUGCAGCUAGUGAUAUCUGUCAGAAACCAAUAUGCUCGGUUGCUAAAGUUGACUCCAAAGAAGAAGGUGAAAAUGGUGAUGGAGGAGGAGAAGAAGAUCAUGAUGAAAUACAAGAUGGUGAAGAAGAUUAUGAUGAAGAACAAGGAGAAGAUGAAGAAGAUUAUGAUGAAGAACUAGGAGAAGGAGAAGAAGAUUGUGAGGAUGAUGAAGAAGAGGAAUAUGACGAGGAAGAAGAUGGAGAAGAAAAGUAUGAUCCUGAUUCAUCAGAAGAAGCAGAAAGGGAAGCAAGGAAGACAAGAGAAAAGAAGACUGACGCCUGCAAGGAUUUUGCCUUCUUCCAAGAAUUUCUCAAGUUUGAAGGAUCUGCAAGAGAGUUUGGUGAAUCAGAGCUUGAUUGUUACCUCAGAGAACCGGUAAUGGAGUGGAACAAAGACUUCAAAGCAUUGGACUGGUGGAGAGAAGAGGGUCACAAGUAUCCAGUACUCUCUCGAGUAUCUCGUGACAUUCUCUCAAUCCCAAUCUCACGAGCCACGUCGUACUAUGCUUAUGGAAUGGACAGAAGAGAGCCUCCUGCGUUCGUCGUCUCCUUGGAAGCCGAAGUUGCUAACGCCAUGAUGUGCAGCAAAAAAUGGUUACGGCUUUGACAAUAGUGUGUCAGAAUUGGUAACAACAUUAUCUUCACGUCUCCGUCUCUAGUUUGAACUUUAGAGGGCUUUACGAAUCUCAUUAUCUCUGUGU